ACUGGAGUUGCUCUUGAGUCUCUUCGCUUCCCCUUUCUCCAACUUCUAGGGCUUUCGGAAGCCAAAAGGAAUCCGCGCCAUAUCCUCAGUAUAUAGAAGAAGAAGAUCAUGCCCGGGCCCACCUUGGAGAUGGAACCAGUGGAGCCACAGUCGCUGAAGAAGCUCAGUCUCAAAUCCCUCAAACGAUCCCUCGAUCUCUUCUCCCCCGCCCAUGGCGAACUCCCCCCUCCCGACCCCGAGAGUAAAAGAAUUCGCAUGAGUCACAAGAUAAGCAUGGAAUAUGGAGGAAUUCAACCCACACCUAGCCAAAAACCACCUCGCCGGGCUGAGUCUGUUGCACCGGUAACUGGGUUCGAAGGGCCUUCCAAUGCCCUUGCCCUUACAGAUUCUAAGGAUGCGCAGACGAGAGGAGCUCAAAAUUCUUUGGUUGUCGGUCCUUCUGCACCAAGGGCACUGAAUACUGUUGGUAUUUCGGGUAAAGGCACUUUAGCUGUUUCUGCUCCAGGGUCAUCUGAAAGGUUUUCAACAUCGGCCAUGAUGGAAAGGAUUUCCAGCAGAUGGCCACGUCCUGAUUGGCAUGCUCCUUGGAAAAUCUACAGAGUCAUUAGCGGCCACUUGGGAUGGGUACGAGCUAUUGCCUUUGAUCCAAGUAAUAAAUGGUUCUGCACUGGCUCAGCAGACCGUACUAUCAAGAUUUGGGAUGUUGCAACUGGAACUCUACAACUGACAGUGACAGGACACAUCGAGCAAAUAAGAGGCCUUGCGGUUAGCAGCAGGCAUACCUAUAUGUUCUCUGCUGGAGAUGACAAACUAGUUAAAUGCUGGGAUCUUGAACAGAAUAAGGUUAUCCGUUCAUAUCAUGGUCAUCUAAGUGGUGUUUACUGCUUGGCUCUUCAUCCCACUCUUGAUGUUUUACUUACCGGGGGACGUGAUUCUGUGUGCCGGGUUUGGGAUAUUCGAAGCAAGAUGCAAGUUCAUGCGUUGUCAGGGCAUGACAACACAGUUUGUUCCGUUUUUACUCGACCAACAGAUCCACAAGUUGUUACUGGCUCUCACGACACAACCAUCAAGUUCUGGGACCUUAGAUAUGGAAAAACAAUGUCAACUCUGACGCACCAUAAAAAGUCUGUGCGUGCAAUGGCCCAGCAUCCUAAAGAGCAAUGUUUUGCAUCUGCAUCAGCUGAUAAUAUUAAGAAGUUCAGCCUCCCAAGAGGCGAAUUUUUACACAACAUGCUCUCUCAGCAGAAAACAAUAAUCAAUGCAAUGGCUGUCAACGAGGAUGGAGUUAUGGCCACUGGAGGCGAUAAUGGGAGCAUGUGGUUCUGGGAUUGGAAGAGCGGUCACAAUUUUCAGCAAUCCCAAACAAUUGUACAGCCUGGCUCGCUGGACAGUGAAGCUGGUAUAUAUGCUCUUUCCUACGACAUCACGGGUACGAGGCUGGUCAGUUGUGAAGCCGAUAAGACUAUCAAGAUGUGGAAGCAAGAUGAAAAUGCCACUCCAGAAACCCACCCUCUCAACUUUAGGCCCCCGAAAGACAUUCGACGGUUUUAGAGUUGAUCCUCCGUCCUAGUUUCUCUGUUCACCGACGUAAUAUUAUCUCACAUGUGAUUUGACUUUAUUAUUUUAGUGAGGGGUCCUUGCAGUUGCGCUGCUUGUUGCUAUGAGAUAAAACUAUACAAAUUUUUGUGUUAUAUUACUCAUGGUUGAAUAUGUUCCUACGAUGCACCUGAACCAGUUCCAGGAAGAAUUUAUUUUGAAGCAGUGGAAAACCUUGCAGUUUGCAGUGUAUAA